AUGCUACGUCGAAAGCUCCUCUAUUCAAAAGUAUACUCCAGUUUUUUCGUUGGGAAGGCUGUAGGAGCGUUGCGAUUGGUCGGAUUUGGGCCCGCCCCGCCUAACGAGGGCCGUCAUUGGCGGAGGUCAGUGGAGCACCCUCAAACUGAUCUGAGUAGGCUGUCGAAGCACGAGGGCGGCGCGGGGUGUUCUUCACCCCGAGGGCCACUCGAGGGUUGUUUAGUACGGGCGCAGCGUCGCGAGACGCAGCACGUGUUCGGUCCUGUGUGUUGUGUCAGUUACCAAAAUUAUUCCGAAAACGAGCUCUCCCGGUCGGGAGAUGAAAUGCGAGGAGGGAGAGAGCGCGCGCUCGCCGCCGCCGCUACUGCCGUCGGCGUCGUUGCUGGCUUGGAGCCCCAUACUGUUGCCACCAUGGGGACCAGCGUUUUUACCAGCACUUUAUCCGGCUGCAUUUCGAUCAGCUUUUCCGGGGUAAGAAAAGUGACUAUGGGCUUUAAACGUGCGACAUUAAAUUUGCUAGACAGCAUGAAGAUGCCAGGACAGCGGCCAGGCUUUCAAAUUUCUGAUAUUCUAGGCCUUAACGAGGCUAAAGGCCUAGAAGCACCACAAAAUGGACUUAGUUCAUUGGAACUCCCACCAUAUCCGCCGCCGCAUCACAAUUAUACACACGACCUACUUCGCCACCAUCAACCAUGGCUUUCCUUGGAACAUCAUGAGAGUGCUGGUGUGCUCGGGCAACAAGCGAGCCCUGACAGUACAUCCCGCGCAUCUGAACUUUCGUACGCAGCCCCCGCGACUGCCUCCCCGACUAUUGUUGACACACGUCACGACCAGGACCACGAUCAUGACCAGGAUAUCCACGACCACAGCAUAGAACAUGACGAUGAUAACGACAACGAUCAACCACUUAACACUGGCUCGGACUCAAGUCUCUCGCAUAAAAAACGAAAACGUCGCGUUUUAUUCUCCAAAGCUCAAACUUACGAAUUAGAAAGAAGGUUUAGGCAGCAGAGAUACUUAUCGGCCCCUGAAAGGGAACAUCUGGCAAGUCUUAUUCGAUUGACGCCGACGCAAGUGAAGAUAUGGUUUCAAAAUCAUAGGUAUAAGACGAAACGCGCUGUUCAAGAAAAAGGCGCUCACGAUUUAAAUGUCGGCGGCUUGAACUCUCCGCGACGUGUCGCUGUUCCUGUGCUAGUGAAGGAUGGUAGGCCAUGUAUUGGGAAACCCGAUGGGUUGCCGUCUCUUGGUAUGACUCUACCUCCGUAUCAACCAAUGCAUCACCAGCCGCCGGUGACAGGGCACGCACCGCAACCGAAUGGGUGUUGGUGG